AUGAGCACACCUCAGUUCAGCGAACAUUUCCCAGCCAAAUUGCAGCACUACACCCGCAGCACUACACCCGCAGCACUACACCCGCAGCACUACACCCGCAGCACUACACCCGCAGCACUACACCCGCAGCACUACACCCGCAGCACUACACCCGCAGCACUACACCCGCAGCACUACACCAGCAGCACUACACCAGCAGCACUACCCCCUCAGCACUACCCCCUCAGCACUACACCAGCAGCACUACACCCGCAGGACUACACCAGCAGCACUACACCCACAGGACUACACCAGCAGCACUACACCCGCAGCACUACACCCGCAACACUACACCCGCAGCACUACCCCCUCAGCACUACACCCCUGAUUAUAACGAAGCACCUUCCCCCGACUUCAGAAGGACCAUCCCCCGACUUCAGAAGGACCACCCCCCGACUUCAGAAGGACCACCCCCCGACUUCAGAAGGACCACCCCCGACUUCAGAAGGACCACCCCCGACUUCAGAAGGACCCCCCCCCCGACUUCAGAAGCACCUCCCCGACUUCAGAAGCACCUCCCCCGACUUCAGAAGCACCUCCCCGACUUCAGAAGCACCUCCCCCCUCAGAAGCACCUCCCCCCGACUUCAGAAGCACCUCCCCCUGA